CUCACAUCUUCUUCUUCCACCUUCCCCAGACAAUCGUUCUUGUUCUUGUUGAAAAUUUAAACGACGAAGAACGAAGAAAGAAAAGAACAAAACAUCCAUCGACUCGCUUUCUCACUCCACCAUCUCCUGAUGCGAUUCCAGCGCUUAGCCAUAUUUCUCCGCACCUUCAAUCUACCCCUCCGCUCCCAUCCUCCACCUUCAUCUUCUUCCUCUUUCCGAUUAUUUCCCUUCCCCAUCCCUAGCCCGCGAACCCUCCAAGCCGCCCCCGCAAUCCCCUUCAUCAGCUCCUUCUUCACAACCAGUAGCAAAUCCGAAAACAGCGGCAGCAUGUCCUACCCCGAUCAGCGCAGUGAUGACGCAUGGCGCGCCGUCCUCAGCCCAGAACAAUUCCGCAUCCUCCGCGAAAAGGGCACCGAACGACCCGGCACGGGCGAAUACGACCAGCACUUCGCGGCGCAAGGGAUCUACCACUGCGCGGGGUGCGAUGCGCCCCUCUACAAGGCGACCCACAAGUUCAAGUCCGGGUGCGGAUGGCCCGCGUACUUUGAUUCCCUGCCGGGGGCCGUGACGAGACAUACCGACAGUUCGUUUGGGAUGCAGCGCACGGAGAUCGUGUGUAGCAACUGCGGCGGGCAUCUGGGCCAUGUGUUCAAGGGCGAGGGGUAUCCGACGCCCACGGAUGAGAGGCAUUGUGUGAACAGUGUGAGUUUGAGGUUCGCGGAGGAUAAAGAGGGAAAAUAACUACAUCAUCGUGGGAAGGUGUUGAAGGGGCGGGGUUGGGGGAGUUUUGGUGAGGGCUUUGGCUGUCUGGGGGCAUUGGUUUGGGAAUGUCUUAGGCGAGGAUAAAGAUUUUCUUUCUGGGAUAAUCUGACACUAUUACAGUUGUAUGAUGAUGAUAUUAUUGCAAUAUGUCGCAAUCAUGUACAACCUGAUUCGGCUUGUGUACUGUAUAAACUAACGACUCGGAGGGGUUCCAUCCACCCUUUACCAGGCUAGACUACCGGCUGCUCCGGCGAGAC